ACGUUCCAAGAAGCCUUUGCCCAAGUUGGUUAAAAGAAAAUCCAGAAACUGUACUGAACCAAAAGCAGCAGAAGAGAUGGAAGAUGCAGUAGAAGAGCCUGAAGAUGAAAGCUGCACAGAUGCUGGAAAUAAGUCCAAGAUCCUUCGUCUUGCUGAGGAGCAGCUUCAGAAGCAGCCAGUUGUUGUUUUGGAGAGAACUCCUCCACGGUUUAAAGAGUCAUACAACUCAUCUGAAUGUCAAGAUGAGCCACAGUUCUCUAAAAGCCCACAAUGCUCUCCUGGAAGACGGAUGAGAGCAGAGAAGGUCAAGCGCAAUCUGUCUGCUGCAGAUGAUGGUAGUGAAGUCCACGGUUGUGAAGAGGAUCAUAGGGAGAAUCUCAAUCCAGAAAGCGCAGCUCAGGAGGCGGCUUCUCAAAGCUCUUCCAGAUGCUCUCCGAGACAGCAGACGAGAGCAGCAAAGGUCAAGCUCGAUCUGGCUCUCUCAGAAAGAGAACAGCUGGACCAGUCUAAGACUAGAUCAGAUUCAUCAGCAGAGGACAUGAGCAGCACUGCCAUCCCUGAUCAGAUGGUCAGCCAAGACUCUGAAGUGAUGGACGCUGAUCAGUGCAUGGAGGAGGAGGGUUUUAAUUUGCAGCAUUUGCAGUCUUUGACUUCAUCUGAAGUAAAUGGUCAAAUAUUACUGAAAAGAGCAGUUGUGUCUGUGUCUCAUGAAGAAGUACAGCGUUGCCUCAGGGUCCAAGCCCAAAGCACAGCCGAGGAAUCAACAGCCUCUGAAGAUCUGCAGGACACAACACCUGACAGACACCAUCAGGUGGAAGAGAAUAGAGAGGGUUUUGAGGAGCAGGGCUCUUCUAGUGUUACGGUCUCUCAAGAAGCAGAAAUGGAGGCACACACUCCCUCAGUUUCUGCCCAGCAGAGCAUUACUGCAACAAGGAGAAGAGUUUUGAAGCCCACACCAAGCCUGUGUCGGGUAGCACAGUCCAGCCGCAGACCUCUAAAUAUACAGACAAUAGAAGCGAGUCAAAAUACUUCAUCUUUAAAAGACGAAGUGAAGCUCGCACCUAAUGAAAACAUUAAGGAAGAGCACAGGGACUGUCCUGAAGAAGAGGACACACAUACUCUUUCUCCAGAAGAGAACAGCCCUCAUGAUGUUAAGGAUGAUCUCAGAACCACAGCUGAUGAUUCUCCUUCCAUAUCAUCAGUUGGAAUCCCCAAAACAGUUGACAAACCAAUGACUUGUAAUACAGAUGCACCUGAAAGAAGAACAGAGCUUGAUGCGUCUCCAGCCCCAAUGUCUGAGAUUGCAGAUCAAAUCAGUGAUCAAGAGGAACAGGAUUCAGAGUUUGAGAGCACAGAGAGCACGAUCAAUGAGAUGAUGACGGAGAUGAAAAGGAUUAUUCCAGUCAGCUUUUCCAGUGAUGAAACACUCUGUCAGUUUGCAAAGCCCACUUCCAGCAUAGAAUGGGAACCUCAGGUCACCGUGAGCCCUCAACAAACCUCAGAGCCUAAUGAAGAUUCCGCCGAGAAGCCAGAUCAUCAGAGCCCUGCGAUAGCCCAGCACUGUGAUUUAGAUCAGGACAAAGAGCCUUUCUCUGGAGAUGAUAAGCUUGUGUCAUCUGUGGUGGAUUUGCGGGAAUGUAAACAGGACGAGGAACUCCGGUGUCCUGUCCCACUGCUUAGCUCAACACAAACACCAGUCCCUGUGGUCAGCGCUGGCACAGAACUCAGAAAACAGAAUAACCAAGUUUUUAGUGAUGCUUCAUUGGUACCAUUUGAACCACAGAGUCUGGAUUCAUCUUUUUCUGAUCAUCCCACCCAACAUACCAACAACUUUUAUGAUACUGACACGUUGACGUUUAGUGUGCCUGCAGCUGAAAACAUCCAAAUACCAGAGAAGCAGGAUUCAGCAAAACAAGACGGCACAGAAGAGCAAUCAUCAGCUUCUGAGAACUGGAGUGUCCCUCUUGAUGGGAAUUCAAAAGCUGAAAUCUCAAACUCAUCUGGAGUGGAAACAGGUGCAUCCGAUUACCAGACAGAGGAGCCCACCUUUAUUUUGACUCUGUAUGAGAUUCCAACCUCUGAGCUGUUCAGUGAGGGAAUCGGCAGUGAGCAGGACACACUGCCCUAUGAACUACAGCCUGCACAAGUCCACACACCCUCACUGUUCAAAGGCAAUUCACAAUCUCCCUCCUUCGCAGAAGAGCCUUCUAGUGCAUCUCUGCAGAUGGCAUCAGAAGAGCCAGAGAAACCAUGUGAAAGUAUUUCUCAUGAGGAUGAUCCCCUGGUUCUUAUUUCAAAGUAUCCAGAAGAUGCCAGUUCACAAUUAAUAUCCUCACAGGAAAGCAGUUAUGAUGGUGUGAACUCUUUAAUUAGUCCAUCAGAGAUGCUCUCCUCUAAUUCUGCCACGCUUACAGAUGUGUCAAAGUUGGAUGUGAUCCCAACAAAAACAUUAGAAACCAAAGCUCCCGCUCAAAGGAGAAACAAACUGAAGAUCAAGCCAAAACUAAAGCCAUGUGUGAAAGCUGGACCUUCAAGAAAUGUCCAGUUGGACCCUGCAAGCAGUCAGAGUCUGCCAUCAUCCCUUGCCAAAGCUGAAACUGAGACCGAGUCCAAACAGAAAACAUCUGCACAAGAAACUAUUGAUCCUAAAAUCCACUCAAACUCUGAAGACAGUGAGCUGGGAGCCCAUCCUGGACAUGACAAUGUAGUUUCAAUAGCUACUGUGCCGAUUUCUGAAGACAUGACAGAUGAGCAUCCUCUCCGAAUAGAAGAUGGCCAGAUGGACCAAGACCUUCCAGCGAUGCACAGUACAGUCAUGGACGUGUCCAAGGAUAAAACUGGUGAUGGUGUGCAUGAAGGUGUGUCACACAUAGUGCUGGCUGACACCUUCAUGCUCUCUUCAGGAGAAAUGGACAGUGUUUUUAAUGAGUUGGAAAGCCCCAAUGAAAGUGAGCUUCAAGAAGAAAGAGAGAAAGCUGUCCUUGAAGUUAAUGACCAAAAGGAAAAAAUAGCAGAUGAUGCUGGAAAGCAGGAUACUUGUCAAAUGACAUCAACAUCUCAAGAGAAGUCUAAGCCUUUUAGCAGAGGCAAGUUGCCAGCAAAGCCUAAAAUCCCAAAACAAACAUCUCCUUAUGAGGACUUCUCAAGUCAAGAGCAGUCUGAUAUUGGGUUUAAUGAUCCAGCCAAAGCUCAAAUCAUUUCACCAGAACCUCUAAUUAAAGAAGAAUUAGAAGAGAGAACGGAGCAAGAAGAUGUGUCUGAGGAAGAAUUAGACGCAAGGCCUGCCAUAAUGACUUUGUCUACUCAGGAUCUCACAUCAUUCACAUCUGAAAAAUCAUUAGCAUGCAGUCAUUCACCAUCUGUGGAAAUGAAAAUAGAGGGAGGUCAUGAAGAUGUGACGCACACGGUGUUGUCUGAUAUAUUUGUGCCGGUUUCUAAUGAAACACAAGAUGAUGUUAAUGUGGUGAGAGGAUGUUCUGUCCAAAACGUCCACCAGAUGGGUGAAGAGGAGAGACUGUCAUAUGAGAGAGUUUGCCACGUAGUGCUGACUGAUAUAUUGAGAAGCCCUCGUCUGACAGAAAGACCUCAGGUGAGAGAGGAGGCACAGUCAUCACAUGUGGAAUUGUCAGUAUCAGCCGAGAGGAAUAGGCCUGCUCAGGGGAAAGGCAAGGUUUUGCUAAAUCUGACAAUUCCCAAAAUGAACAUUUUCCCAGACUCCCCCAACAGUGGUGAGAGAUCACAUUCUACGUUUCCAUCAACCUUAAAGUCAGAACAAGAUUCUACUCCAAAAACUGAAUGCAUCUCGGAAACAAAACUGGCAUCCACACAAUGUAGUGUUUUCACAAGUUCUGGCUUGCUGCCCAUUGGCUCAGAGGGCUGUGAAGAGGCAUGUGGUGGAGUUUCUCGCAUGGUGCCCGCUGAUGUUUUGGAGACUUUAUUGAAUGAGUCUACAGAGCAGAGCCUUCAUAAAGAGGCCUCGUCAGCUGCUCUUCAAGAGAAUGCAGCCAAAAAGUCAACCAGUACUGAGAGACAAGUACAUACUGGGCCAGAAGAGGCAACUGCAAGUCAGUCUGUGUCAGUGGAAUGGAAAAGUCCGUCCUGUAGUAGAGGCACACAGUGUUCUAAACCUACAUUAUCAAAAAGGAUAGACGAUUGUUCAAAAACUGACCUCCAUCCACCUGGCUCUGCACAGACCUCUCUGGCUACACCUCAGCAGUCUCUGGACCAUCAAGCUGAGGAAUGGACCUUUAAAAGCAAUAUGCUGCCCAUAGACUCAGAUGAGAUUGAGAACUGGUGUGAAGGAGUUUCCCACAUGUUGCUGUCAGAUGCAUUUGUGCCUGUUUCUGACGAGAUUGAGGAGAACAGCACAAACCUAAAAAUGUUUGACUCAAGCAGUCCUCAUGAGAAUGAGGAAUUUUCUCAAAGUCCAUCAAUGAGGAGGAAGACACCUUCAGGGAUUUCAGAUAAAAUGCCUCCAAUAGACUCUACCACUUACAUACCAGAGAUUGUUUCAAAAGAGAGUCUGCCUGCAUCACAAUCCAAAGAAUCACCAACAACAAGUACAUUUCACAUGACACUAAGAUCACCUGAAAGAUGCCUUAAAGAUCAGCCUCAUGAGCUGAAGUCUCCUCAGGCUGCCUCAACAACACCUCAGCGAGCUCUGACAUCGAAAGUGAAGGAGUCAGUGGAGUCUCCAUCAAGGCAACACAUAGGAGAGACUUCAAGUGUGUGUAGAGUACAGUUAGAGAGGUUAUCAGUGGAGGAAAUCCGUGCUGCUCGAAGUGUCCUGCAGCCAAGGCAUCACAGCACGCCUGUCACUGUGAAAACCACUUCUAGAGGAAAUGAAGCGACUAAGGUAUCAUCUCUGGCUUUGCUUGGAAGCAGAAGUCCUGGUUUUGAAUUGCAAGCUGGUGAAGAGACACGUGUACCAUCAGGAUACUCACCAAAGAUUGUUCUUCACCGCAUACCAAUAACACCUACCUCGUCUCCAGCUAGCCUUGCCUCCCAAACAUCAGCAGAUGGGCAGUCUCCUCAAUGCAGCCCUUCUGCUGGGGAAUCUGCUAAGGAUCCAGUUCAGGUGUCUCAGUUUUUCCUGGAUGACAUCUUCACUGAAGUUGAGGAUACCGACUAAUUAUCUGUGAUGUUUUGGGUAAAUUUCACUGCUGCUAUUUCUGUUCAUUGCACUACAGAGUGAACAAUGUUACACUAAUUACUGAAAGAGUGGCUGUUAGUAAUUUUAAUAGUUUGUCUAGUUUCAUUUUGUUCAUGAUGGAAAAAAAUGUUGAAUUUUUCUGCAAUUGUUUUUUUCUUUUUUGUUGUUGUUUAUUCACAGCUCUUAUUUAUUUCUAUUUAUUUCAUAUUUAAUUGCUCAGUCACAUUGUGUUAUCAGUGUGAUUUUUACUGACUGCUUUUGAGUUUAAAGCUUCUGUGUUGUUCAAUGCAAAUAUAUUUGUUUUUAAUGAUUAAUAUGCUAUGUUAUUUCUUGUAUUUUUCUUUGAGAUUGAAGCUUUACAAUAUCUUUCUCCAGUGAGAAAUAACUAUUAUCAAUUGUCAGUUGUUUUGGCAGUAUGUGGCAGUCUGGAUAUCACAGCAGUUUGGUAAUUAUAAACAAAUGAAAUGAAUAAAUAAAUGGAUUCAACAUUUUCCAA